AUGGCUGCAACUGCUGGUCUCUGUCCCGCAGGCUCCGACCGCGCUACGUCACCACGCUGCCACGUCGCCCGGACCAGUCACCGCCCGGGUCGCUCGCUGCUUGCCGCCAGCCCUGCCGCCAUGUUUCUCUGCCGGAUUGCUGCUCGCCGUUCACUGCCACUGUUCCGCCGCCCAGCCGAUGGGCACAAGCCACCUUUUUCCAGUUCCACAAACCAAACCAUGAACCGAUACAAACUUGAGAGCGGGCGCUUAGCAGGGGGGCUGCCCGAGAGGCGCGGCCUGCCGCCGGAGCGGGACCCCAGGGCCGGGGCAGGCCCGGAGCCCGCGCUGGGAUGUGGCCCGCGAGCCGAAUGCCACGCCGCCCGCCCCGCGCCCCGGCCGCCGUCGCAGGAGGAGGAGGAGAACGAGGAGGAGGCCGAGACCCGCGCCGUGGCCACCUCCCCCGACGGCCGCUUCCUCAAGUUCGACAUCGAGAUCGGGCGCGGCUCCUUCAAGACCGUCUACAAGGGCCUCGACACCGAGACCACCGUCGAGGUGGCCUGGUGCGAGCUGCAGACACGGAAGUUGUCCAAGGUGGAGAGGCAGCGCUUCAGUGAGGAAGUGGAGAUGCUGAAAGGGCUCCAGCACCCCAACAUCGUCCGCUUCUACGACUCCUGGAAGUCCUCUGUCAAGGGGCAGGUCUGCAUUGUGCUGGUCACGGAGCUCAUGACUUCAGGCACCCUCAAAACGUACUUGAAGCGCUUCAAGGAGAUGAAGCUGAAGGUUCUUCAGCGCUGGAGCAGGCAGAUUCUGCGGGGGCUCCAUUUCCUGCACACCCGCUCCCCUCCAAUCAUCCACCGUGACCUGAAAUGCGACAACGUCUUCAUCACGGGGCCUACUGGCUCUGUAAAAAUCGGGGACCUCGGCUUGGCCACACUUAAGCGUGCAUCGUUUGCCAAGAGCGUCAUAGGGACCCCAGAAUUCAUGGCACCAGAGAUGUACGAGGAGAAGUAUGACGAAGCAGUGGAUGUUUACGCCUUCGGCAUGUGCAUGCUAGAGAUGGCAACAUCUGAGUAUCCUUACUCAGAAUGCCAGAACGCAGCUCAGAUCUAUCGCAAGGUCACCUCGGGCAUGAAGCCCAACAGUUUCUACAAAGUGAAGGUGCCUGAGCUGAAGGAGAUCAUCGAGGGCUGCAUCCGGAUGGACAAGAGAGAGAGAUACACCAUCCAGGAUCUUCUGGAUCACUCCUUCUUCCAGGAGGACACGGGUGUCCAUGUGGAAUUGGCUGAAGAGGAUGAUGGGGUGAAGUCCAACCUGAAGCUUUGGCUGCGGAUGGAUGACUCCAAAAAUCUGCAUGGGAAGUAUAAGGACAACAAUGCCCUGGAGUUCCAUUUCGAGCUUUAUAAGGAUGUGGCUGAGGAAGUUGCCCAGGAAAUGGUCAUGCUGGGCUUUGUCUGUGAGGCAGACUACAAGCUGGUGGCCCGAGCGGUGCGCGAGAGGGUCCUUGCUAUCAAGCGCCAGCGCGAGAAGGCCAGGCAGGCGCAGAAGAGGCAGGAGAAGGUGUCCACGCCCCCUCCGGAUAUCCUGCAUCUCCUGGAGUUGGGCUCCUCCCCACUUCUCGGCCCCGCCCAGGCCUCCACGCCGACCACACCGGGAUCCCGGGAUUCAGCACUUGGGCCAACUUUCCCACCAGAGCCAGAAGAACCCGAGGUUGACCAGCACCAGCCCUUCCUGUACCGGCACAGCUAUUCCUCUGCCACGUCGGACUGUGAGACCGAUGGCUACCUGAGUUCCUCUGGAUUUGUGGAUUCGCGCGACGUCCCGCAGAGUCUCCCCAGCCCAGGAGCUGCCCCAGAGCCCUCCUUCACUUCGAGCAUUGCGGUGAGCCUGCACCCUGUCUCCACCAGUGACUUCUCUUCCCCCCUGGACAGCUACACAUCAGAUGUGGCGUCCGGCUUGAGUGACGGCUAUGAAGGUCUGUCUGCUGGAGAGUGCCGCGUGAAGCCUUCGGUCAAGCGCGGGCCUGGAAGGCUGCUGAGACGGCGUGCCCGACCUCGCCUGCGCAUCACAAAUAUCUCAGACCAGAAUGACCGGGUGGUCGAGUGCCAACUCCAGACUUACAAUAACAAGAUGGUCACCUUUAAGUUUGACCUGGAUGGGGACAGUGCAGAGGAGAUUGCGUCCGUCAUGGUUGCCAAGGAGUUCAUCCUGAAAUCAGAGCAGGAUGGGUUCAUCCGACGAAUCCACGAUAUAAUCCAACGUGUGGAGACCUUCCUGUGCAAAGAGGGGGAGAGCAAAGACCAGGAGGCGGCGGGCAGCCCAGAGGUGCAGGGCCUCUCCUCUCCUCUCGCUGGUGGUGGCUUCUCGGGCCAGCUGCAAGGCCUUUCGCGCUCCAUCUCCUCAUCCUCAUCUCUGAGCGGUGCCCCUAGCAUAGCUGCACAGACCUGGACCUCUCGCCCCGCGGUGCCAGCGACUCCUCCCUACCUGCUCCCAGUGUCCCAACCGAUCCCCCCACCAGGCGCCCUCCCUCCUCCCGUGUCCCUCGCUUUACCCACUGUCCCCUCUGUUGGCACUACUGGGCACACACCCCCUCUCCCUCUCUGGACCUCCUCUCCUUCCCCUUCACCAUCCCUGUUCUCUCUUGCCAAUGUCUUCUCCCUAGCCGUGAUGAGUGUGGCCCAGUCGCUUCUGCCAGCUGUUUCUGGAGUCCCUGCCCAGGCAGGCCCUGUCUACACCUCCCCUGUCCCACAGUCACCAGGGCCCUGCCCACCCAGCCAGGCUGCUGCCCAUUUCAUCUACCCGGAGACGGUGCCUCCCACUCAACCGGCCCCACUGGCCAAUGGGCUCUUUGGGCCGCAGGCGUCUCCGCUGCCCUCCGACACCUCUGCUGCGGAGAGUCCUGACAACAGCCUGGCAACCUCUUCCGCCUUCCUCCAUUCCGGUUCACACCUCGUUGGAUCGGAUUCUCCUGCCCCCACCUCCCACCUCGCCCGGCUCUUCCCCAUCAGUGAAGAGCCCAAGCCACAGAUCCUGGGCCGCUUCUGCGUGACGCCAACCCGGGAUGUGCCCCCUGAGAUCCCUCCGAAGGCCGACGGGCCCACCUCCUCCAGCGCCUCAGAGUCGGGCAGCGAGUCUCCAGGCGGGACCCCAGUCCAGGAGGCAGAGGAGGGCACCACGCCGGUGGCGGAAGGAGAGGGGGAAGGGGAUGCCCAUUCCAGCACCCACGUCUGGGUGAACUACCUGUACAGCACCUCCUAUCCGAGCAGCGACGAUACGGACAGUGCUGAAGACGACGACGUCUGGGAGGAGCUGCAGCUCUUGCGCCAGAAGCACCUGUCUGAAGUAGAGAUGCUCCAGGCCCAACAGAAGCAAGAAAUUGAGGAACUGUAUGCCCGCCUGGGCAAGGUGCCGCCUCCUGGCAUCGUGUGCCCAGCCGCCAUGCUCUCCAGCCGCCAGCGCCGCCUCUCCAAAAGCAGCUUCAGCCUCUUCCCGCGGCGCAACAGUCUGCAGCGCCUGGACAUGGGGCAGCCCCAAGGGAUCAUGAGGAGGAAUUCUGUCAGCGGCGGGAGCAGCAGUCUCUCCCAGGAGCUGCGGCAGAGCAAGGGAGUGACCUUUGCCAGUGACGUCGGAUGCCUGAUCAUUGGCUGCCUGGAUGUGGCGCGAGCCCUGCUUUGGAACCUGUGCAGAUAGUAGCCGUCCUGUCUGUAGACUCUUACGUGGACUACCUCAGCCUGCUGCCCACCGCCCAAGGACAGGAGCAGACAGCCCGGGACUCUGCCCGUGAGCAACGCCCUCCGCAGUGGGAGACUGACGCAGCAGCUGCCUUGUGCCACGUGCCGCCCCCGACCGCGCCAGAGCAGUGGAAGGGACGGAGCCUGGAGGUGGCGGGACAGCCCCGGGGGGGGGGGGACUCGGCCUGCCCUGAGCGAGCAGAGAGGGGGCGGCCUCCCACUGCCAGCUGCACCCAGAAGCCACGGCCCUUUGGCUCAGGGACACCUCGUGUACCGAGGGCAGGGUGCCUGUGCCUCCAGUGCCAGCUCUCGAAGGGGGGAGGCCGUAGCAGAAGCAGGGUGGCCUGCGCCUGAGGGCAGAGCCGUUGCGCUGUGAUGCAGCUCCUCCUGCUCCCAGCCAGAUCGAAGCGGGUUGACGCAGAUGCCGGGAAGGACGCUGGCAAAGGCAAGCCGUGCAGGUGCCUUUCUUGGCUUAGUUCCCAGAGCUCGCCACAGUCUUUCAGCCGCUGCCUUAAGGAGCAAGCCUGCAGAACGUUAAAGGGAUCGGGUCCCUUUCUUGCAUCCCUUGCCUCAGCCCACAGGCCGUGCUCUCGAUAGCUUUGGCGCCUCGUCUUUCUGCUGUUGGUCACCUUGCCGUGGUGAUGGGAACUGUGCUUGGGGG